AGUGGAAUAAUAUUUAAAAUCAAAUAAAAAUGUAAUUUUAAACGUGUUUUUUAAAGCAAUAUGAUAUUGUUUAAUGAUGGUUUUUAUUUAAUUCGAAUAUUUUUUAUUUUACAAUUAAUUAAAACGGCAGCGUUUGAAUCAUCUGAAGAUGCAACAAAUUUUUAUAAACAUUUACCAGCCCAAGUUGUAUGGGCCGUAUUAGACAAGAAUGUGGAUUUACCAUGUGAUGUGACACCACCAACACCCCAAGAUAGUGUUGCUAUGGUUUUAUGGUUUAAAGGUGAAUCAGGAAUACCUUUAUACAGUUUAGAUUGUAGAGGUGGGCCAAUAGAAAAUGGAACACAUUGGGCAACCAGUGAUAAUUUAGGUACCCGUAGUUUCUUUGUAACAGGAACUGCACCGUCAAAAGCUCAUUUACAUAUACGAAACAUUGAAUUAAGUGAUGAAGGUAUAUUCCGAUGUCGAGUUGAUUUUUUUAGUUCACCUACAAGAAAUUUUCGAUUAAAUUUAACUUUAGUUGUUCCACCAUCUGAACCGAAAAUUUUUGAUGGUCAAGGGCAUGAAGUAUUAAAUUUAGCCGGUCCAUUUUUGGAAGGAUAUGAUUUAUUUUUAUCAUGCCAAGUGAAAGGUGGACGACCACAUCCCACGCUAAUGUGGUAUGAAGGUGAUAAUAUUUUAGAUGGUGUUAUCGACACAAGUAUUGAUUCAUACACAACUGUAAAUCAAUUAACUAUCAGGAAAGUUUCAAGAAAAAUGAAUAAUGCACGUUUUAUUUGUAAAGCCCAAUCUUCAUUUGACAGUCCGCCAAUCACACGAGAAGUUAUGGUUGCUGUUUAUUUAAAACCUGAUUAUGUUAAAUUAAUAUUACCAUCACAACUCUUAUCAGUACAAAAAACACAUUUAUUGAAAUGUGAAACUUCUGGCUCAUUUCCUCCAGCCAUUAUAACAUGGUUUCUAGAUGGAGAGCCAAUUACCAAUGCUACCUCAACUAAAAAACAACAUGGAAAUGUUACUAUAAGCGUUUUAAAUUUAAGAGUAGUUAUUUCUGAUGAUAACAAAGAAAUUAUUUGCCGAGCAGCGAAUCCACACAUUCCAGAUGGAUUUGUUGAAGAACAUAAAACAUUACACGUAGCCUAUCCUCCAGCUGUAUAUAUAGUUGCUGGGCCAGGUAUCGAUUCUACAAGUUUACAUGAAGGUUCUGAAAUAAACCUUACAUGUGAAGCUCAUGCAAAUCCGAAACCACAUAAAUAUAAUUGGUUCCAUGGCGACCAACUACUUCAGUAUAAUGAAGUAGAAGGUAUCAUUCCAGUCGAUAAAACACUGGUAUUACGAAAGUUAGGACGACAGUCUAGUGGUGAAUAUCGAUGCGAUGCUGUAAACAGUGAAGGCGAAACAAGAAGUGUUCCAUUUAAAAUUAAAGUUUUAUAUAAACCACGAUGUCGACCUGGCUAUGCAAUUAAAGAAAUAGGAGCAUUUGAAAAUAAUGCACUAAUUGCACAUUGUGAAGUCGAGGCAUCACCUAGUAUAGUGAAAUUCUACUGGACAUACAAUAAUUCACAAGGCAAUUUCCUUCCAGUACAAGGUUCACGAACUGUAUCAAAUGGGCUUGUGAGUUUAUUAUAUUUCACACCAUCGAAUGAAAAAGAUUACGGAACUUUAGCGUGCUGGGCAACAAAUUCAGUUGGAAAUCAAGAAGUUCCAUGUUAUUUUCAUAUCAAACAAGCGCGUCCUCCAAGUCCACCGCAAAAUUGUCAAAUUCGUUAUCUUGAACAGAUAAGUGUCGAAAUUACGUGUACACCAGGCGAAGAUGGUGGUAUAACACAACGAUUUUCUUUGGAAGUUCUUGAAGAUAGCGCUAAACUUGAUUUUACGCAUGAUCGAGCUGUAAAUGAUCAAGCGACGAAUUUAGUAUCCCAUUCACCAAGACUGUUUCGUGUUGUUGAAAACCAACCAGUAUUCUAUCUACAUAAUUUAGAUCCGGGUCAUGAAUAUAAAUUAGUAAUACAUUCAAUAAAUUCGCGUGGACUAAGUGAUCCACCAGUUGUUAUUGACGGUGUUAAAAUUCAACAAAUGCUACAAAAACUUGAAGACACAGACAUUUCAAAAUUUCAAAAUAAUAUUGAAAAUGUAAGCCCAGUGGCUGACAAAGAGGAUAUACCAAAACUGUAUUUAAUAAUAAUUAGUGCAAGUAUUUUAUCAAUUAUAAUAAUUACAACGGUAGUAUCAAUAUUAGUUUGUGCGUGCAAAAAAACAAACAAUAGACAAUCCGAUAAAGGAAUGGAUUUAGCAGUAGUACGCCGUCGCCGAGAACCCAGUGAUGAUGGUGGUUUUGGUGACAGUUUUCGACGACAUUCAGAAAUGUUUACACGUAGUGCUAGUAUUGAACAAAGUGUUCCAAUCUCACGUAGAAUAUCACAACAUUUAGUCAUAGAUCAUCCUGACCUCAUUCUACACUAAAAUAAUCUAUAUUUUAUAAUUCUUCUGGUUUUAUCUUUAA